CAAAACCUUUUGGACGUCUUCGCCUUUGGCGUGCAUUAUUUUGUCUCUCCCGAAGUGACGACUAAGUGAGUCGAUAGUGGUCACCAUGCCGUGGAAAGUAGGCAAUAUCUAUGCCAUUACCGCUGUGGCAGUGAUUGGAGGUGGACUGUUCGGCUUCGAUAUUUCGUCUAUGAGCGCCAUCAUCUCAACAACAUCAUACCUCUGCUACUUCAACCAAGGCCCGGAAGGCCCCCCGUUCAAUGACAAUGUCAACUGCUCCGGCCCACGUGCAUCAACCCAAGGAGGAAUCUCAGCAGCUAUGCCAGCUGGUUCCUGGGUCGGCGCCUUAGUUUCGGGAUACCUCUCAGACAUUCUCGGCAGAAAGAAAUCCAUCAUGAUCGGCUGCAUCAUCUGGGUCAUUGGCUCGACAAUCACCUGCGCUUCACAAAACAUCGGCAUGCUCAUCGUAGGCAGAAUCAUCAACGGCUUCUGCGUGGGAAUUGAAUCUGCCCAGGUACCGGUAUAUGUUAGUGAGAUCGCACCACCUUCGAAACGCGGAAGAUUGGUCGCUUUCCAGCAGUGGGCGAUCACUUGGGGGAUUUUGAUUCUUUACUACAUUUCUUAUGGUGCUAGUUUUGUGGGAGGACAGACUUCGACGACUUAUAGUACUAGCACGUUCCGGAUUCCAUGGGGCUUGCAGAUGUUGCCUGCUGUGCUUCUUUUCGGUGCUAUGUUCUUCUUGCCGGAAUCUCCUCGUUGGCUUGCUCGCAAAGAUCGCUGGGACGACUGCAAAGCAGUUCUCACGCUUGUCCACGGAAAAGGCAACUCAGAUGCACCGAUUGUCGCGCAAGAGCUGUCUGACAUCCGCGAAAUGUGCGAAUUCGAAGCUCGAAAUUCGGAUGUCACUUACUGGGAGCUUUUGGCGCCACGCUAUAUUUUCCGCACACAUAUUGGAGUGUUCACUCAGAUAUGGUCUCAACUAACAGGAAUGAACGUCAUGAUGUACUAUAUAACAUAUGUGUUCGCAAUGGCCGGGUAUAGUGGCAAUGCAAAUCUGCUUGCCAGUUCGAUCCAGUACAUCAUCAAUGUACUGAUGACUAUUCCGGCUCUAAUCUGGCUUGACCGAUGGGGACGACGACCUACGCUCAUCGCCGGUGCGACAUUGAUGAUGAUCUGGAUGUUCACGAAUGCUGGAUUGCUUGCCAAUUACGGACGUGUGGUUCCUGGAGGUCUGAAUGGUGUUGAAGCUGUUUCGAUGGAGCUCUCCGGAGCGCCGGCGAAGGCUUUGAUUGCUUCGACGUAUCUGUUUGUGGCGUCUUUUGCGCCGACUUGGGGUCCUGUGUCAUGGGUGUACCCUCCAGAGCUGUUUCCACUGCGUCUGCGAGGCAAGGCUGUUGCUCUUUCCACAAGUUCCAAUUGGGCUUUCAACACCGCACUCGGAGCAUUCGUUCCUCCCGCUUUCGUCAACAUUCGCUGGCAAGUCUACAUCGUCUUCGGUGUCUUCAAUCUUUGCAUGCUCAUCCACUCUGCGAUCCUAUUCCCAGAGACUGCAGGCAAGACUCUCGAAGAAGUGGAGUUCAUGUUCGAAGAUCCGAACGGCAUCCCAUAUAUUGGCAAGGCGCCAUGGAAGACUUCGGUGCAGUAUCAUACUGCUGUUGCGAUGGAGCACGGAAAUCUGGAACAAAGGAAGCUACACAAGCUUGAGCAGAGUCCAGAUAGCUCGGAGAAGGUUGCUGAGACUGUUGAACAGAAGGUCUAGUUUCUCAAGGGUGAUGGAAGACCGGCGAUCUUGCAAGAUUGAUACGCAACGUGCAGCAGAUGCAAUUUACGAAUACCUGAAACAUUCUUUCCGACGCAC